AUGACACAUAUCAUCAAACCAGGGGCGGACGGACGUGAGCUCCGCCACCUGGUGCUGGACAACGGCCUCGAGUGCAUGCUUGUCCACGACCCGGAGGCCGAGAAGGCCGCGGUGGCCCUCUCGGUAGCCGUGGGCCACAUGGCUGACCCGGAGAGCCUCCCGGGCCUCGCACACUACCUGGAGCACAUGCUGUUCCUGGGUUCGGACAAGUACCCAGAGGAGGACGCAUAUCGCAAGUUCAUCAACGAUCACGGCGGAGGCUGCAACGCAUCUACAUCGUCAGAGAAGACCACCUACCACUUUGAUGUCGAGGCAUCGGCUCUGGCUACGGCGCUGGACAUCUUUGUCUCCAUCUUUAUCGCCCCGCUCUUCACUUCCUCGUGUGCUGCUCGUGAGGUCAAGGCUGUCGACUCGGAAAACUCAAAGAACUUGACCUCAAACUCGCGGAGGCUCUACCAGCUCAUCAAGUCUACCGCAAAGGCAGACUACGCCUUUGCCCACUUUGGCACAGGAAACCUCGAGACGCUGGCUACUGCUCCCGAUGCUGCCGGCAUCGACGUUCGCGCUGCCCUUCUCGACUUUCACGCCAAGUACUACUCGGCAAACCUCAUGCGCAUGUGCCUAGUCUCCCCGCUCCCGCUCGAUGACAUGGCCGCCAUGCUCCACGACGCCCACGUUCCGCUCAUCGCCAACCACAACGCCCCGCUCCCGGUGUUUGACUCGGCCGCUGCCUCGCGCGUCUCAGCGGACUCCUGCCUGACCGAUCGCCUCGCCGCUGCCUCGCCGCUGCCCUUUGCCGACCCGCCCUCCGGCCCGCACUGGUACACCAUGGUCCCGGUCUCCGAGGAGCGCUCCAUGCGGCUCGCUGCUCUCGGCUCUCCGCGCCCGGGCUGGGCCACAGAGCUCUCGGCCUACACCUACCUUGAGCACUGGGAGUUUACCGUUCUCGCCGUCAAGGUCAUGCUCACGCCUGCUGGUCUCGACUCCACCGAUGCCAUCGCUGCCGCCGUCUUUCACAUGCUCCGCCUCGUUGCUGCCGCUCCCGACGCCGUCCUCGCCGCACUCUACGCCGAGCACGCUGCCAUGGCCGAGAUCAACUUUACCUUUCGCGAAAAGUCGUCGCCACGCUCCACCGCAAAGUCGCUCGCCGUCGCUCUCCACACCUACGCCCCCGAGCACAUCCUCGUUGGUCCGUACCUUCACAGCCCGGCCGGCCUCAACGUCGGCCUCCUCCGCAACGUUGUUCUCCCCUGCCUCGUCCCAGAGCUGGCCCGCGUCUACGUCGUCGCCCACGCUACCGCAUCGUCGGCCUCCCUCACCGAGCGCUGGUACGGGACCAAGUACGGCCGGGUCGAGCUCUCGUCUGAGCAGCGCGCUCUCUUCAACGGCACAGAUAGCCUCCCGGCCCUCUGCUCGACCCUUGCUCUCCCGGAGCUCAACCCUUACAUCCCAGACUCGUUCGACAUCCUGCCCGGAUGCGACGGCGUCCGCCCUGGCAGCGACGACCCGCUCGCCCCGCCGGUCCCGCUCAAGCUCAUCGACGAUGCCACUGGCCGCGUCUUCUACAUCCGCGACACCGUGUACGCCCAACCCAAGGUGCUGGGCUCAGUCACGCUCUACUCGCACGAGGGCACCGCGGCGUCGCCGGGCCUCCUGGCCGCCAACUACGUGCUCGAUCUCUUCCUCCGCGACGCGCUGCGCGAGUUCAAGUACCCAGCUUCACUAGCUGGCCUCCACGCCUCGUCCACGGCAUCGUCGGUCGGCUACCGUGUCAGCUUUGGUGGUUACUCGCAGCACAUGGGUACAUAUCUUGUCGACUUUCUGGCCGCCAUUCGCGCCGUCGUGCUCGACCCAGGCAAGUUUGAAGUCUUCCGCGACCAGGCACUCAAGGUCUACCUCAACCGCAAAUCCAACUCACCACACUGGCACGCCCGUCGCCACGUCGCCGCGCUUCUUGUCCCAGCCUCGUGGUCCGAUGCCUCUGUUGUUGCCCAACUCGCCAGCCUCCGCUUUGCCGACGUCGAGGCCGCUCUGGGCCGGUUUAUGCGCAUCGGCUUUGCCGAAACCCUUGUCUACGGCAACGUGAGUGCCGAGACGGUCGUCGGUUGGGACGCCGCGCUCCGCCACGCCAUGGGCUGGGCCCCGCUCCCUCUCGCGCUCCUCCCCCACACUCGCUGCGUCGCCCUCCGACCCGGAUCGCGACUCGUCACCCGCGCUCGCGCUCCGCACGACGACGACACCAACUCGGCGCUUGCGCUCUACUUCCACAUUCCAAACGGCCACGAACCGCACGUCCACUACGCGACACUGCUGCUGCAGCAGGUCAUCAAGCAGAUGGCCUUUGACGACUUGCGAACCCGGCAGCAACUUGGAUAUGUUGUGUGGACUCUCGCCCCGACGUACGCCGGCGAGCGCUUCUUUGGUUGGGUCAUCCAGUCGGCCGAGCACUCGCCUGACGCCCUUGAGGCCGCCAUCGACCAGUUUGUGGCCGAGCACAUGGCCCCGGUCAUCGCCUCGCUCGCCACCGACGCUGCCCUCCUCGAGCAGCACAAGGCCGCCCUCAUCCUCAAGCACACUCUCCGUGACAAGACCUUCCGUGAAACCUUUUCCUCCGCCCGCUCGCUCCUCACCUCACAUCGCUACGAGUUUGACCGCAAGGACCGCGCCGCCGCCCGCAUCGCCGCCCUCGCCGCCACCGAUCUUGCCUCGAUCUUUGACCGCUGCAUCGCCCCGCCCGGUGCCGAGGGUCCUUCGGCCCGCGCCGUCGUUGCUGUCAAGUACCACGGCCGCAACCAUGUCAACGAGCUCACCGCCGGAACCGUUCUUGACGUCGAACGUGCCUCUGCCGCCUGUGAGCGUCUGAUUGCUCUCGAAGCCGACGACGACGCCAUCGCCGCCUGGCAGCCCCUCCAGACCCUCCACCCUGUCCGCUUCCCCCUCCGCGUUGUCGACCCACUCCUGCUCACCCCCACCCCACCGCCGUUACCGAAGCAUGAGUGCUGGACCGGUCGAUGCCCAGGCGAUAAAGCCCGCACCACGAUCCGCCGCCGCUACCGUCAUCAUCGGUGUUCGCGUGCUGAUGCGAACGCGGCGGCAAGUUGA